AUGUUGCCUCGAGCCACUCUCGUGGCCUUUUUCGCAGUGGCUAGAGCCACUGUUGAGAUCCAAGACCCUUCUGAUAUCAUUCCUGCGUCUGACUGGGCCGCUGACAACGCCCUCGUUGCUGAUUACAAUGCCCCGUUUCCAGCAAACGGACAGCCAACAGACUUGAUCGGUGUGCACGACAUCAAGCACAAGUCUGUUUCAGUCGACCAUCUGACUUGGCAUGCCGACAAGAACGAUACCAAUGUCGUCCUCGUCUCGAAGAAUGCUGACUUCGCUGCGUCUUAUUCCACUUUCAUCAAGUCUGGGUACUACUCGAACUUGAAUUGGGCCAGCUUCUAUGGCUUUAAUGCCGCCGUCAACGUUGUGAGUUUCCAUCCCAGUCCUCCAUCCCCCAAAGACGUCAUGGGUGCACCGCUGACCUCCUUUUCUACCAAGGCGAAUAAUUCUGUCGCCGUCCUCGAUCAUGUCAACAUCACUGUUCAUAACGGCGCUGCCAAUGUGUACUCAUACGGGACAGGCACCGUUGUCAACGUGACCAACAGCUGGCUGUAUUCCAGCGGACCCGUGAGCCAUGGCCUUUAUGCAUCUGGAAACGGCACCAUUCAUGCCAAGAACCUGCAGCACUACUCCGGAGGCCAUCGGUCCAGCGCUUUCUCUGGAGACAGCCCAGCUGGCUACAUCUAUAUCGAGGAUUCUGUCUCGCGCGUUCGUGGAAUUGGCUCCGCAACCUACUAUGCUCUUGGUGAGAUUCAUGCAACCAAUGUUGCAUCUGUCUCCGAACAGGGACCCGUCGUCUUCUCAGAUGGCUGGCAGAAGAUUUACCUCAAGGAUUGCUCGGCUCAGGCCGGUCUACUCGGCGGCACUGUCCUCUUCAGUAGCGCCGAGCGUCGUGCUGGUGCGGUGCUAGAUCUCGAGGAUACCACUAUCACCACCACCGGCAAGACCAUGCCCGGCUUGUGGUUUGGCAACGUCAUUGCUGAUGCCAGACUCAAGAGCGUGCAGCUAAACACUGCUUCUGGAAUUCUUGCUGUUGCCAACUUCUCUCAAAUCACCCAGGACUUCAACUACUAUGGUGGUUAUCCCGACAACCCGUCUAUGAAGCCCGCAGAGGUCAGCCUGAAGGUUCUGGAUUCAUCUUUGUCCGGUGAUCUUGUUGCAUACAACAAGAGCUCUAUUUCCCUGUCCCUCCAACAAUACAGCAAUUGGAGGGGAGCUGCCCGAGUCGGGUACAAGUUGGCUUCUUUUGGUGUGUCCCUCGACGCCAGCAGCAAGUGGACUUUAACUGCUGACACUACUCUUCAAAACUUCACAAACUUGGAUGCCUCUAACAGCAAUAUCCAAAGCCGUGGAUAUAACAUCUACUAUAACUCUUCUGCAAUUGCCAAUAAGUGGCUCAAGGGUCGUACUGUUAAUCUCCCUGGUGGCGGAAGGCUUAAGCCAAUUAAGAAGUAG